UGGGCACGAUGAAAGCUGUCUGCAAUUGGAAAAUCCAAAACACCCAUUUUUUCUUGAUGAUUUCUUUCCGUCUAAGUUCCCAACUGGAUUUCGAAGGCUACACGGCAAUGGAAAUUUACCUAUCAUUUCUGCUGUGCACCGGGUCGGCUAUAACAACUCCCCUGCUUUCUCUGCAAUCCAUGCUCCAAUCCUUUCUCAGUAGUAGAAUUCCUCUAAGAAGACUUAAAAUGGCGGAAUUCCAAGAUUUCCUCCCAAUUAUGGCAGAGAAAUUGGGUGGAGCUGGAUUAAUGGCGGAGCUGUGUAAAGGGUUUCGCUCGCUGGCGGAUCCCGAGUUGGGUUUGAUUACCGUCGAAAGUCUGAGGAAAAAUUCAGCUAUUUUAGGGGUAGAAUCUUUGACAGAUUCAGAAAUCGAAGCAAUGGUGCAGGAGGGGGAUUUGGACGGCGAUGGAGCUCUGAAUGAGAACGAAUUUUGUGUUCUGAUGGUUCGGCUCAGCCCUUCUUUCAUGGCGGAGGCCGACAAAUGGCUGCAGAAAGCCCUUGCCGAAGAAUUUGAAGAAACGCUGAAAGAUUUGUAAACAUUAAAAAUUAAGUUACCAUUUAUGUUGUAUCCAUUUGUGAAAUGUGACUGCAACUGCUUUCGUUUCUAUGGCAAUAUUACAAGGCCUCUACAUAUAUCGGAAGUGCCCCCUGAAUUCUGGUUUAACUUAAACAAA